AUGUCAGAGGCGGGACAACGCGUUGUAAUUCUUGGAGGUGGAGUUAUUGGUUCUUCAAUCGCAUACCACAUAACCUUACUCAACAAAGAUCCAAAUUUGAAAGUUACUGUCGUUGAACAGACUGCAAUUGGUUGCGCUGCCUCGGGUCCUUUACAAGAUCUUGCACGUAAAAGCUUCAAACUACACGCAGAGCUCGCUAGGACUCUCAAUGGAAAAAAACGUUAUGAUUACCGUGUGGUUGAUACACUUGAAGUAACUGCUUCUACAAAGGCUGUAAGCGUUAAGCCCCCUCCAACAGAUUGGUUAAAGCCUGGUGUGAUUACAAAAUAUAAAAGUAUUGGCACGACACAGACAACUGCUCAACUGCAUCCAUAUAAGUUUACUAAAACUUUAAUUGAAGAAGCAGAAUCUAGAGGCGCUGAGGUUCGAAUCGCCAGUGCUCAAGGAUUGGAAUUCGACACAUAUAAGGUAUCAGGUGUUCGCCUUUCUACAAACGAAACGAUUCCUGCUGAUAUAAUUAUCAUUGCAAUGGGCCCUUGGAGUGGUGAAGCUCUUUCAUGGCUUGCAAAAAAAAGUGGCCGCGCUUUUCAGUUGCCAAAUGUUUCGGGUCAAAGAGCACAUAGUAUUGUAAUACGACCAGCUGUCGAGAUAUCCGCUCAUGUUUGUUUCGUAACGCUUAAUCUUGGUAGAAGAUUCUCCCAACCUGAAAUUUAUCCACGUCCAAAUGGCGAAGUUUACGUUUCGGGAGAAUGUGAUGAAUCGCCUUUACCUGCUACUGCAAACGAUUACAUUCCUAAUCCCACUGCGAUUAAAAAUUUAAAAAACAAUAUAAAUACACUUUCCCCAGAUAUCUUGGGCAAUGCUACUGUGCUUCAUGAACAAUGCUGUUAUAUGCCAAUAUCCGAUGAUGACAAGCCUUUAAUAGGAAAAGUACCAUGGCUAGAUGGUGUUUACCUUGCAACAGGUCAUUCAGUUUGGGGAAUUUUAAAUUCAUCCGGCACAGGGAGGGUUAUUGCGGAGAUGGUUUUAGAAGGUCAGGCAAAAUUUGCAGAU